CCCUCCUCCCUCGCCCUACUGUCGAAUUUAUCAGCCGCGAAAGCUGCCCGCCCAAACCCUCAGCGCGAAGCAAAAUAUAUUUUCGUUCUUCUGCCAUGUAUCAGGUGAUUUUCUUAUUUUAUAGUUUAUCGGCACUAUUUUUCCCUUUAUCGAUUGCCCCUAAUUUUCGUGGAUGUUUCUGAAAUUAAUUGGGGAUGAUUGUCUUGAUUUUCCAAAACAUGGUAUCUGCGUAUCUGAACUGUGUCGAUGAAGUAUCAAUUACGAUCUAUUUAAUGAUUUUUUAGUUUUGAAUUGUAUUUUCAGGUUGAUCAUAGAAACUCCUCAGCAGCUAAACGGGCACGAACGGAUGAAAAUUUCUGAAACAUUGUAGCCUUGUUCAGUACACGAACCACACAAAUAUAGCAUUUUGGUUUCAAAACAAUCUUGCGGCGGGAAGGAGACAAAACCGAUUAAUCGGCAAUCUGAUUGCGAUGAGUUUAGCAGAAGACUCACCUGCACACUCUUCGAGUAGCGAUGGCGAUGAUUUAGUAGCAUUUCUUGAUGCUGAGUUGGAUAUUGCUUCUGAUGGAGAAGCUGAUUCCGAAGAAGUUGCGGAUGAUGAGGAUAGUGAUAAUGGUGAUGAGGAUAAUGACUUGGAUCUUAAGAGAGUUAAAAGGCGCAAGAUAGAGUUAUCUGAAGACGUGAAUUUUGACGUAAUAAAUUCACAAAGUUCCUCAUCUGUAGGGGAAUCAGUGCAACUUUUAAGUGGGUCAUCACCUAAGAAGAACACGUGUCUGCAUCCCGGUGUUUAUGCAGGAAUGUGCAUGAGGUGUGGGCAAAAAAUGGAUGAUGAAUCUGGUGUUGCAUUUGGGUACAUACAUAAGAAUCUGAGGCUUGCUAAUGACGAGAUGGACCGAUUACGUGACAGAGACUUGAAGAACAUGCUACGCCAUAGAAAGCUUUGCUUGGUUCUUGAUUUAGAUCAUACGCUGCUCAAUUCAGCCCGACUUCAUGAUAUUACAGAGGAAGAAGGCUACUUAAAUGGCCAAAGAGAUGCUUUGCCUGAUACUUUAAAGAGCAGCUUGUUCAGACUGGAUUGGAUUUAUAUGAUGACUAAAUUGAGGCCAUUUGUACAUACAUUUCUGAAAGAAGCUAGCAAACUAUUCGAGAUGUACAUAUACACUAUGGGUGAACGUCCGUAUGCAUUGGAAAUGGCAAAGCUGCUCGACCCUGGAGAUAUUUACUUCAAUUCCAGAAUAAUUGCACAAGGUGAUUGCACACACAAGCAUCAAAAGGGUCUUGAUGUUGUUUUGGGUCAAGAAAGUGCCGUUGUCAUCCUUGAUGAUACCGAAGUGGUGUGGAGCAAGCACAAAGACAAUUUAAUAUUAAUGGAAAGAUAUCACUUCUUUGCUUCAAGUUGCAAGCAGUUUGGCUUCAACUGUAAAUCACUUUCCGAACUACGAAGUGAUGAAAGCGACACUGAAGGAGCACUACCUACUGUUCUCAAACGACUUCAGCAGAUCCAUAGUUUAUUCUUUGACGUGGAGCGCAAAGAUAGUCUUGAGGACCGGGAUGUGAGACUGGUGAUGAAAACUUUACGCAAAGAAGUUUUAAAAGGAUGUAAAGUCGUGUUCACCCGUGUUUUCCCGACUAAUUUUCCGGCCGAGCACCAUUCCCUAUGGAAAAUGGCUGAGAAAUUGGGAGCCACAUGCUGUAAUGAAAUCGAUCCAUGUAUUACACAUGUGGUCUCCAUGGAUGCAGGAACUGACAAAUCCCGUUGGGCGUUGAAGGAGAAGAAGUUCCUGGUGCAUCCACGGUGGAUAGAAGCUUCCAACUACAUGUGGCAGAAGCAGCCAGAAGAAAACUUCCCCGUUAGUCAAGCAAACAAGUAAAUGAUUUUAUUUCUCUAUCUAACAUCUGCUGACAAAAUACAAGUGACUGAUUUAUUUAUGGUAUAAUGUUUUGAAAUGGCUUAACUCGGACCUUUUGCUGGUAUAUAUUUUGUAUUAGAAAGGUCCCUUGAAGAAGGUUGAUAGUUGUUUAGGACAUGGUACUCUAAAAAUUUCGGUGCCAUUUGAUACGAAGCUCAAGUUUCGAGUUUAUCGAUUAGUUAAUUUAACCCUGAACGGGUUUGUUUCUUGUUCUUGGUUUUA